AUGGGAACCUCCCCAGGUGAUUACCUCACCGACAGCGGCCCGGCGGCAAGGUGGGACCUCCGACGAGCACGCUCGGACUUGGACGGGUUGGUUGGCUCCCACGACAUGGAGGGAGGCACAGGGCUUGUGAAAGGAUCACGCCGAGUAACACGAGCAACACAUAUUAUGGUACAUCCGCCUGCCGAGUACCUUACGUGGGGGGCGUUCAUCGCCAACAACCAGCACCAAGAGGAGAAGAAGAACUGCAAAGCAAUGGCUGGCCAGGCGUAUCAAGCGUAUCCGAAUGCUCGGCAACCAUGUCUAGAGAACUUCCCGGGGUGGAGCCGGGAGACCGAGGGCCCAAAACCAACGGGCCUCUCCGACUGGCUUGCGGCGUCCAACGCCCUUCUCUCGCACAACGCAGUCCUGCAGCUUGCCUCCAUGGGCCCUAUCCGCUAG